CGCCUCCCGGCCUCGGAGCCGCCAGCCAGCCAGCCGCAGCCGCCGCCGCCGCCGGGGCCGGGCCCCUCGCGCUGCCCGGGAAGGAGGUCUCGGCGCGGAAGAUGGCCGGCGGCGUGGACGGCCCCAUCGGGAUCCCGUUUCCCGACCACAGCAGCGACAUCCUAAGCGGGCUGAAUGAGCAGCGGACGCAGGGCCUGCUGUGCGACGUGGUGAUCUUGGUAGAGGGCCGCGAGUUCCCCACGCACCGCUCCGUACUGGCGGCUUGCAGCCAGUACUUCAAGAAGCUGUUCACGUCCGGCGCCGUGGUGGACCAGCAGAACGUGUACGAGAUAGACUUCGUCAGCGCGGACGCGCUCACCGCCCUCAUGGACUUCGCCUACACCGCCACGCUCACCGUCAGCACGGCCAACGUGGGCGACAUCCUGAGCGCCGCGCGCCUGCUGGAGAUCCCCGCCGUGAGCCAUGUGUGCGCCGACUUGCUGGACCGCCAGAUCCUGGCCGCCGAUGGGGGCGGCGCCACGGGGCAGCUGGACCUGGUGGAGCAGAUUGACCAGCGCAACCUCCUGCGCGCCAAGGAGUACCUGGAGUUCUUCCAGAGCAACCCCAUGAACAGCCUGCCCCCCGCCGCCGCCGCCGCCGCCGGCACCUUCCCGUGGUCCGCCUUCAGCGCUCCGGAUGACGACCUGGACGCCACCAAGGAGGCUGUGGCGGCCGCCGUGGCAGCGGUGGCCGCAGGCGAUUGCAAUGGCCUGGACUUCUACGGGCCAGGGCCCCCUGCGGAGCGGCCCCCGGCCGGGGACGGGGACGAGGGGGACAGCAACCCGGGCCUGUGGCCGGAGCGGGACGAGGACGCCCCCGCGGCUGGCGGCCUCUUUCCACCCCCAGUGGCCCCGCCGGCGGCCACACAGAACGGCCACUAUGGCCGGGCCGGGGAAGAGGAGGUGACCUCCCUGUCGGAGGCGGCUCCCGAGCCCGGAGACUCCCCGGGCUUCCUGUCGGGCACCGCCGAGGGCGAGGAUGGGGACACGGCGGACGUGGAUGGGCUGGCGGCCAGCACCCUGCUGCAGCAGAUGAUGUCCUCCGUGGGCCGGGCGGGGGCCUUGGCGGCCGGGGACAGCGACGAGGAGUCGCGGGCGGACGACAAGGGCGUCAUGGACUACUACCUGAAGUACUUCAGCGGCGCCCACGAAGGCGACGUGUACCCGGCGUGGUCGCAGAAGGGGGAGAAGAAGAUCCGCGCCAAGGCCUUCCAGAAGUGCCCCAUCUGCGAGAAGGUGAUCCAGGGCGCCGGCAAGCUGCCGCGGCACAUCCGCACGCACACGGGCGAGAAGCCCUACGAGUGUAACAUCUGCAAGGUCCGAUUCACCAGGCAGGACAAGCUGAAGGUGCACAUGAGGAAGCACACGGGCGAGAAGCCGUACCUGUGCCAGCAGUGCGGGGCGGCCUUCGCCCACAACUACGACCUGAAGAACCACAUGCGCGUGCACACGGGCCUGCGGCCCUACCAGUGCGACAGCUGCUGCAAGACCUUCGUGCGCUCCGACCACCUGCACAGACACCUCAAGAAGGACGGCUGCAACGGGGUGCCCUCGCGCCGGGGCCGCAAGCCGCGCGUGCGCGCCCCGCCCGACGCCACCGCGGGGGCCGCCGCGCCCCCCGGGGCCCCCGACGCCCCGCGCAACGGCCAGGAGAAGCACUUUAAGGACGACGAGGAGGAGGACGAUGAGGCCACCAGCCCCGACGGCCCGGGCCGCCUGAAUGUAGCUGGAGCCGGCGGAGACGACGGUGCGGGGGGCCCCGGGGCGGCCGCCGCCCAGGCCCCCUUCACAGCCAGGCUCGCCUGAAACCAAAAAGAACAGAAACUCCGAGACCAAGAGGAGCCACCCCACCCCAGACACAAAGAAACCUAUCUACAUACAGAUAUCUAUCUAUCUAUCUAUCUAUCUAUAUAUAUAUAUACAGAUAUAUAUAUAUGACGUCACAGAACUAGGAUACUGCUUCUCAGAUUUGUCGCCUUCAUGAAGCCCCCUCCACAGGGCCCCCUCCUGCCCCCAUGUCCCCCGCCCUGUCCGCUGGGGGGGUCUGGGCUUGGCAUGGGGUCUUGUGGGGCGCCCACUGUGGGCAGGGGGCCUGAUCCGAGCCUGGUUCUCCAGCCCUGGGCUCCAGGCUGGAUUGGGGUGACAUGAGGGGGGGGGCCGGGGACAGGGCCAGCUCUCGUGCCCCUCCCCUCUGGGUUUCUGUGAGUCUUCAGACAAGACCUUAAAUGAUCUCUGUCUGCUCUGAGCGGACGCUAAAUGGUCCCUGGCCCCCCACCCUCCUUCCUCAGGGCACUUACUAAAGGGGGGGGUCUUACCCUCAGUCCUCCCCACUGGCCUCCCGCCUCCCGCCCCGCCUGUGACCUCGCACCUCUGCACCCCUCGGCCGCCGAGACACAAACCUAUUUAUUCCCAGGCCUGGGGACGGGGGCAGGCUUGGGGGCUGCAGGGGGUUCCAGGGUGGCCCGGGCUCCCGCCGCCUUCCUCCACGGCACUUAAACCUGGCGGGAGCCUGGGACCACCACUCAGGGCUCCCCUACCCCCAGCCACCCGAGACCCCACAUUUGGAGAUUGCAAAUGUCUGUCUUGACCCCGCCCCCCUGAGCCCCUCCCACUUUUUCAAGCACUUUUUAGAUUUUUUUUUUCCUCCUGAAAAACAAAAUUUAUAUAUAGAUAUAAUAUAUAUACACAUGCACACGUAUAUAUGGAUGUCUGUCCACGUGUGUGUAUAUGUGUGUGUGUAUAUAUAUAUAAUAUACUUAGAAGUGGCGGCAGGAUGGGGUGAAGACAGCCAAGAUGGGGGGCCAGGGUCUCAGAGGGCGGGGGGGGGGGCUAGCGAGGGGCGAGGGAGCUAGAGGGUCCGAAGUUCAAUGUCACAAAAGCAAUAAAAACCAAGAUUUUACAAAAUGGAAAGGAAGAAUGAGAAAACCAACCACAGGCAAGCAACCACAUUAGAAGUCUUGGCACUUUGUAACAGAACGGGUACUUUAUCUUAAUUCUUAAUUUAAAAACAUGUUUACAAGUUGUAUCCAACUUCUAUGAAAAAUUGAAAAGACAAAAAAAAAAAGCGAGAGAAAGAGAGAGAGAGAAAGCAGAAGAGAAUUCCUAAAAGUCAAUUUAUUUUUGUACAAAACAAUAAAAAAAAAAAACCCCACCGCAAACAUAGAAUCCAGUUUUGUUCCCCAAGGCUGACGGGGGUGGCCAGGCGGCCAGGUAGCCAUUGAGGGGCCUGCGGGCCGUCCUGGGCGGGGAGGGCCUGCACUGAGGGCAGCCAUGGGGUCCCCCAGUCUGUGCCAGCCUCUCCCAACCCCCCCCCCCCCGCCCCCGAUUCUCCUGCAUUUGGUCUUGGCUCGGCGGUGGCCGCCCCUGGGGCUCCCUCCUUCCUUGCCCCCCCAGCUCAGGGAUGGGCCCGAGAAGGCUGGCCUUCCAACCAGCCGGACCACCCAGCCUCCCCCCCCCCCCCCCACGACCUGCCCUCCAACAUGGCUGUCCUCCUGGGUCACCAUCUUGGACGUGCCCCCCCCAUCCUUGACCAGGGCCCUCACUUCCAGGGCCUCCCCCCCCCAUUUUUAAUCAAAGGCACUGACUGUAACUGGCUCGCACCUGUCUUCCCCCCAACCUCUGGCUCCCCAAAGGCCCGGUGUUGACCGAGCCGCAGGCCACGGACAGGGACCAGAGGCCAGAGGCGGAGGACAGCGCUGCCGGCUCCAGGAAGCCCCUCCCGGCCGCAUCGCAGAGCCUCGCGCGGGACCUUCCUGUUGGUGCCUGGCCGGGGGCGGGGGGGGGGGUCCCUGCAUUCCCCCACUUUUGUCCUUUUGUUUUUAAAGGGAAGCUUUUGAAGAAGGUGGUAAUUUUUUUUUCUCUCAGUUUCUACUGGAUAGUUUUUGUCCCCUCCCCAGCCUUUCAGCACCCCGAAAUGUCUCAGGUUUCCCCCUGUGGGCCAGCAGAAGGGGCAGGCCCCAGCCCCCCCCCCCCAAAGUGUCACUGUCACCAGGCGAGCUGUUUUGGAGAACAAGCUAUCGAGGCUGAGCUGGGAAUUCGAGCACCCCAGGCCGGGGGCCACCCCCUAAUCCCCAAGAGGCCCCCCCGGGGGGGGGGACGAUUCUUCCCCCCCUCCCCCCCCCCCGCAAUAAAACCAACUCAAAUCACAUGUCCUGCUAGGGGUGGGGGCCUCUGGACGUAGGGGGCUGGCCCUGUGGGGACCCUGGUAGGAGUAGGGGUCCACAGCCUGCCAGUGGCAGUUUUGAACACAGACCUCCUCUGGAAUUGCACUAGACCCUUGCCCCCCAGCUCCGCGCUCAGCUUCCGCCAGCCCUGCCCCCCAACUCUGCCUUAACCGCUAGCCCGUCCUGGGGGCCGCAGCGUCUGCAUGGGCCCAGAGCCGGGACCCCCCCCAGCCCCGCCCCGCCCCCAGCCCAGCCCGGCCCCGCCCCAACUCUGCGCAAUCACAUACUGUAUAUAGACGUGGAUCGAUUUUAUUUUUAUUCUUUAAAUUAAGGUCGUGAUAAAGGUGUUGCCAAAGAUACUGCUGAAUUUACGUGUUUCAGGAAACCUUUGAGGAGGCUGUUUGUCUUGGAGGAUGUUACAGAAAGGUUUUUGUUUGGUUGUUUGGGGUUUUUUUUUUGUGUUUUCUUUUUUUUUUUUUUUUUUUUUUGGUGUUUUUUUUUUAACUGCCUGGUACAAACAAAAAAAAAAAAAAAGGAAAAAAAAAGACAAAACCAAGCGAAAUUGUUCUUUCCAUCAUCACCUGGUGAAGAGUGGGUGCUGUGUGCGGGUGUGUGCAGGAGAGUGAGGGCCAGGCCUGGGGGGGGGGGCGUAGUUCCAGGCAGGGGUACCGCCUGCCACUGUCCCCAAAUCUGCAGGGCCCUAGAGAGAGGAAUGGCCCUGCGUAGUAGCUGCUCCUUGCCUUGUCCCCCCUCCACCUUUUGAGAUUAAAAAAGAAAAAAAAACAAGA